CCUCCCCUCGCUGUCGCGGGCCAGCAGAGAGGCUCCGCCCCGCAGUGGCCAUGGCGGAGCGCCGGCGGCGCGCGCGCGUGCAGGGCGGCUGGGCAGCACCUCAGGCACCUGUGGGAAGCAGCCUUGCCCCUGCAGGCACCAGACCCGUAUGGAUGAGGAAAGAUCAGCCUCACACUCAAAAGCAAUUUGUCUUUGAAAAGCCAACAGAGGUGGAACGCAAAGUUCCUGAGGCAGAUGUGAUAGACAAGCCUGGUGUGUAUGAGCUCAGCAAAGAACCCACUGGCACUUCUAGGAUUCAUUUGAUUCCUGGCUUUAUUGACUCAGAACAAGCAGACUGGAUGCUUGAACAACUCCUCCAAGACAUACCCUGGGGUCAGCGAACUCACAUCAGACAGGAAGUAUCUUUUGAGGAACCAAGGCUUACCUCCUGGUAUGGGGAGCUUCCUUACACAUACUCCAGGAUAACAAUGCAGCCAAACCCAAAUUGGCAUCCUUUGCUGACUAUGCUAAAGAAGCGCAUUGAAGAGUUCACUGGCUAUACCUUCAACUCUCUUCUUUGCAACCUCUACCGAAAUGAGAAGGAUAGUGUAGACUGGCACAGUGACGAUGAACCAUCACUGGGAAAAAAUCCUGUCAUUGCCUCGCUCAGCUUUGGUGCUACCCGGACCUUUGAGAUGAGGAAGAAACCCUCCCCUGAAGAAAAUGGAGACUAUACUUAUGUGCAAAGACUGAGAAUCCCACUUGAUCACGGGACUUUGCUGCUGAUGGAAGGAGCUACCCAGGAGGACUGGCAGCAUCGAGUGCCUAAAGAGUAUCAUUCCAGAGAUGCACGGAUAAACUUGACCUUUAGGAUCAUUUAUCCAGAACGUGAUGGAAUUCGGAAGUGAAGAGGCACUUUGGGCAUUGUUGGAUAUAAACCCACAGCAGAUCCAGAGCCUCAGGUUGCUACAGAUUUAAAGGAAGCCUUACGGGAACAGAGCUCUGUGAAAUCUCUGAUGGGAAAAAGAAUCAAUGUCAUGAACAUCUUUGACAAUCAGAAGCUGCGUGUGUUAUGUGGACAGUGCUGUUUUGUUUUGAGAAAUUAUAUGCUGUGAGAUGAUACUAAAUCAUAGGGUUUAAGUUUGUAAGAAAAAAAUACAGUCCUUCUUAAAAGAACACAAAGCACAUGAAAGAUCUGAGAGGCACUGGCUGGAGCAGAAAGGUCCAGGGAGCCAUUAGUUUUGCACUUUCUCUUGUCUCCGCUUCCCCCCAAGUAGCAAUCUAUGUUCUAAGUGAUGACAAGACAGGAUUCUUUUAUGUAUGGAUGUACAGAAAUGAGAAAGCUGUACUUCAUGAUCAUCUCUAAGUAUUACUUCACCAAGGUGUACUGCAUAGCUUUUUAUUUCUAAAUUGCAAAAUCUUUUCCAAUAAAGCAAUCAGUUUCAUUAUUUAUAUAACUACUUGAAUUAUACUAUUGUCUAAUAAAACAGGGUCAAGGCUCCUUUUUGCUAUGCUCUCUCUAGUCAGACUUUAUCACUGUGUAUCCAUGUAGACAAGACAAAGGCAAGCAGAAGAGACACCUUAGCCAUGACGCUUGUCAGCCAGGUUGAAGCUGCCCGUUGCUUGAGUAUUAAUAGUCCUCCAUUCCUGCUGCCCUAAAACUAUUACCUCUGUGUCAUAGGUAGGAAAAUAGACACAAAGAGAUGAAAAACAUUACUUUCAGAACUUGCUAAUAAAUUCUUAGUUUCUUUUUUGUGUUUCUUUUUAGCACACGUAAGUUGUGGCUUCCAGUGAUUUCAAGUGGGAUGGGAAAUGACAACAUCUCUAAAAAUUAGGCUUAUGCUGCCAAAUUUCAUACCCAAAAAAAGCUAGUACAAUGAUUUGGACCCAAAAUCUUAUAAUCACAGUUGCAAAGCUACACUAAGAAGAGUGUAGUAGCACCAAGUGCAGCACUCACUCUGGUGCUGCUGCUUCUAGGUCAAUGCAUAUUGCAUUAAAGAAUAUUGUGUGGAGUGUUCUCUCUCGAGCCUCUGCUGUUACAGAGGAGCAGUCAGCAGCUCAGAUGUGAUUCUAGGUGGACUUGCUGGAGUGGAUAGAGAGUUUGCCUUCCCUAGCUAUAUCUUGCCCGUUGGUAGGAACCGGUGCUGUCUGGAUGUUAUGUCAGGUAUGCUGUUUGUGUGGUUAAGUUCACACCGCAGCUAAAUGACAUCCUUUAUACUGGAUCAAAACAGGUUUGGUACCUCUUCACUUUCUGCCUGAAGGAGAUCUAAGCAUGGGUAAACAUUCUAUGCCUUGUAAUGUGUUAACACCAUUAAGCAAGCUAGCAUCCCUCUUCAGUGCAAGAAUAAGUUGGUGUUUAGAAAAUGUCUAUCUCUUCAUAGCCAGCAUUUACUGUAGUUUAAAAUUCUUAUUUUAUGAGGGUAAUGAAGUUAAAAUAUUAAUACUCAGUUAUGCCUAUGUUUUAAUGUUAUUGAUGACCUAAAGGACAGACUGUUGAGCCAUUUCAGUCCCUGUGUCCUGAAAUUGGGCAGAAUAAUGUGUAUACCAAACAACUCUAGAAGCAGCUUCUCUCUGUAAAGCACUACACAGGUUUUGAAAUGGCUUAUUCUUCUGAAAUGAAUGAAUGUUAUUAGAAAACUUACUUUGUUAUCUAAUAAUGUCUUCGCUUUCGUCACAGUUUGUACAGAAGUAUGUCUAUUUUUGGACUAUAUUUAAUGUUAAUUCCCUGCCUCUAAGAUCUGGGCUCUUGAGAAUUAGCGUUGAAGGAGGCAGAUGCUUACUUUCGUGUUUAUUUUCUUUGGGUAUCUGGAGCUCUGUGCACAUCUCUGUAUUUGUGCAUAGGUUUGGCUGUCUUGACAGAGUGGUUUUCCUUUGCAAAGGGGCAGUGCUGAUUUCUCAGGGUAUUCUGACAAGGCAACACUUUAGCCUUUACCAGUUCCCACAAGCUACAUCUAUUUACACUGUGUUAAGAGCAGUCAUGCUGCAAGAGAGAGUAGGAGUUGGACACUAAAGGGGAAAUUUUAAACCCCUAAACCUCAGCUUAUGGAAAUUGCAAUUCAUUUGAAUUCAGUGAAGCUGUUCCCACAGAACUCUCCUGGGGCAAUACCUUUUUAUUGCUGGUGCCUACUAUGUUCUGCUCUCUCGUGUCAACUGUACUGCUUCUUAUAUCCAAAUCUAGUUGACAGCUGGGAGAAGGUGUGUGUCCUGCCCCCCUCCUGGGUGCCCUAGCUGCAAGGGAACAGUUGGCAGAGAGGUCAGGUUUCUUUUUCAGCUGGGACCUUGUGGGUCGUUCCUUCCUCCCCCACCUCCUCCCAAAAAAGUCACCUAGCCAGGUGGCAGGCGGAUUGCAACCUCCUGCCUGCCAGGAUGGCAGGAAAUGGCUCACAGCAGAGAUUGCAGCCCACAUCAGGAGAUCUUUCUGCAGGGACAUUUUUCCUGUAGGUAGAAAUUUGUUCCUGAAUGCUUCAAGCACUCUUACAUUUCUCAAAAUGCAUGUGCACAAAAGAGAGAAUUGAGAAGUCUUAAGCCCUGUGGUGUUCUCGCGGCCCCUAUAGAUUUUUGACUAGAGAACAAGGCAACUUGAAGCUUUCUAGUGCUACAAUUCGGCUGCUUCUGCUGUUGGAGUCAAGUGCAGAGGAUAACAUAUUUAGUGGUGAAGAUGUAAAGUUCCAUUCUUUAACUUACAAAUAGCUGGAGAAACCUUUCCCGUACCUGGAGAAACCUCUUCCGUAGUUGUAUGGAUUUGGAAACAAUAUUUCUAAAAAUACUACCCAAACUAUAUUUUUUCCAGUUAUAAGGCUGGAAUAUAGUCCUUCCCAGGACUAUUUUGACAGUACAAUUUUUGAAAAAAGGUUUGAACUCAGAAUACAUUACAUGAAUUUAAAGUAAAAUGUAUUUGUUUUCCUGAAAACAAAGGUCUAUACCUACACAGAGGAUUCGGGAGUGGGGAGGUGCCUGGGAUUGCUGAGUGCUAGGCUCGCUAACCUAAGCAUGGAGUACUCUAUUUGUAUGAGGUAGUGGAGCAGGCACUAAGAACUGCUUUGUCUACAGAGAACAUCUGGAUUGUAUUUUUCGUAUUCCCUGUAUUCUUUCUGCGUUUCCCAAACUGCCUCUCUUAACCUUAUACUUUCCCCCUCUCGCUCCCUUUGUCAUUUAUUCAUAUAUAUAUUGUUACAUCUUGUAUGCUCCCUGCUGCAUGUGUGAUGAUGCUUUUUAUUUAGAAGAUAAAAACUUUGGGAUUACUUCUUUCCUGUUUCUUCAUUCAUAAAUGUUAUUUUUCAGCAGAGUAUGUGUGUGUCUUCCAAAAAAAAGCUGAAAAAUUGCAUUCCUCAAAACUGUUUGUUGUCUGUGGCUUUCAACAGAUGGACUCUACUAGUUACCCCCAUUAAGAUUCCCUUUUCCAAAAGAGCCAUCACCUUUCUUGACAUAUAAUGGCCCUCAGUCUUGAUGAUAAGGAGGAGAUGAAUGGAAGCUGUCUUUUUCAAGGAUGGACAGUGUCCUGUCACCCCGAAGGAACAUGCAGGAGCUGUUCUGAAAAAAGAAUGACUGGUUCCAUCAAUGUGGUUCCAGAUGUGACCAUUCAUUUACUUCACACCUAUAUAAACAAUAUAUAGGUGUUAUAUAACCUAUAUAACAUUAUUAAUUAACCAUGCUGGUGUCAGGAAUCACUGUCUCCACGUUACUUGCAAUAAUCAUUUAAUCACAGAAUACUUGAAUAUUCAAGCACGAACUCUUGAUGAGGUUAGAGAAUCUCUGAUAGAAUGCCAUGCUGCUGAUCCACACCAAGUCGAUCUGAGCACACACCAUAUGAAAUCAAUAGCAAAAGUCCAUAAUUUUUCUGCUGUAUUUGUUUCUUUUCAUUUUUUACGGGGGGAAAAAAAACUUUAGGAUUUUCAGCUUUGAUUAUCUUUAGGGCCGUAGAUAAUUUUAUUCCUCCCAUGUCAGAUUAAUUCUUGCUAUAUAUUUUCCACUUGUCAUGACUGAUGGCCUUCAUAUAACUACA